AUGAUAGGGAAAAACGAUGUUGGGACCAGCGAAGCUUUCGGGAGGUUCGCAGAUUCGCAGGUUCGCCUGCAAAAGCUGGCGGCCCGGUAUCGUGACCGUAUGCCCGGGCGCCUUCGCGUAUGGAAUCUCCCGCGGUCGGGUCACUUCGGCUAUGCUGGGACAGUCCUGCCGUAUUUCCGAUACACGUUGAUAUGCAGCAUCCCUCCCAUCCCUGCUGUAACAUGGAUACCGGUCAGUGUUACGGGCCCAAAAUACCUCAUCGAAUCGCCCAAACGGGUAAGGGACGCCCAGGCUCACCCGCUUCGAGUCUCGCCGCGCGCAUUCGCAAAUCCUAAUAUUCAUAUUCCUCCUGCUGCCUCUGUCGUCCUUUUCCAGUACGACACGACGCAUCAACUGCCCCGGACCAUCUUCCAGCGUCUCUUCCAGCACCUCUGGAUGACAGAAUUACCCACCCGGUCCAAUACCCGCGGGUAA